GUUGUUUUAAAAAGAAAAAUAAAUAAUAACAAUGAGUGAAGUUGUGAAAAUACCAUUGCGACUUGUUAAAACAACAUAUCAUAUUACAACACAAAACACAACGAAAUUUCUACUACAAUCCAUUUGCCACAUGAAAAAUGCUUGUAGUCAGAUUAUUAAAAAUUUGAUUGCAUCAGUUAAAUCAUCUCAUUCUUCUCAAAAAUCAGUUGGAUGUUGGAAAAUUAUUAAGAUGUAUCCAGUGCCUUCAACAUUUAUUGUUAUGAAUAUUGCUAUUAUUUACUGUGCAUAUAAAAUUACAACAAAUUCUGGAUUUCGAUUACGUAUUUUCAUGUUGAUUGCAGCUAGGGAGGAAACUUUAAAGUAUUCUAUAAUUCCAUCAAAAACUAUUACAUCUAGUGUAUUAUUUGAUGACAGUCAAGUGUCAAUAUUUACAAGAGGAGGCGUUGAACUUCUCCAGAACGAUAACACACGGAAUUUAAUAUUAAGCGAAGAGCUGGAUGCAAACAUACAAAAACCAUUUCCAAGAGGAGAACCAGUAUCAAUAAAAAUUAUUGGAGUUAAUGGAUUACUUGAUAAUGGUAAAUUAACAUUAAAAACAGCUGAAGAUAGUAAUAAAACGCUUAUUUAUCAUCACACAUUGAGCCUUGAAAUCAAAAAAACGUCUACAACUUCACAAGAUGAAAUAGCUGCUAAAGAAACAGAAUCAUCUGAAAUACAACAAAGGAAAAUUAGUAAAUUUAAUAUCUCAAUUCCAGAUAAUGAAUUAUCAUUAAAAACAUCGAAAGGUGAAUAUAAGUGGCCAGACACUAGCGUCGUUCGAUUUAACCUGGUUUAUUCAUACAUUCUUCCAAUAACUGAAAAUUUUAGUUUUUCAUUCCAACGUAUAGUAAAAAUACAAGCAGACGAUAGUGAUGAAGUUUUUUAUUUCAAACAAAAUGUAAAUUUUGAAUAUGACAGAAAAUUGGAUGGAAAUUUACAAAAUAGAAUUAUCGCUAAAGAACUAUCUGGAGAAGAAGAGGUAUCUAAAACAACAUUUGUAGAAUUUGAUAGUGGUACAGUAGUAUUUAAAACACAAGAUGGUAAAAAAAUUGUUGCCAGACAGAGAUGUCAAAUAACACUUUACGAAGGUGUUGAAAAAAUAUAUCUUUAUGCGAAGCCGUACUUAACUUUGGAUUAUGUUUAA